AUGGCUUCAUCCAUGGAUGCGCUGGGUGCCUUCUCCCACCUCGAAACAAACCUCCCAACUUGGAUCGCUCGAGUUUCACAACUGGCCGACCACGCCGCUGCCAGACACGCAGAAUACUCAGAGGCCUAUCGCCGCCACACAUUCUACAAGCCUAAAUCUCGCCGCCGAAAGAAUAGCUCCGUUGUCUCCAUCCACACCGACAACUUCGUCCCGCUCGCCCAAAGAGAUGAACCCAAAGCCGAAGAAGCCGUAGAGCAGACAGAAAAGCCUGCAGAGACAGUGACGGAAACAGAGACAAGACCUCAGACUCGAGACACUCCCACCCCAAACCAACAGGCCGGUCGCAAACGCGGCACCGACGAAGCCCCCUCCAUCGACUCCGGAGACCGAUACACCUUCGUCAGCACGCGCCACAACGUGAUUAUCGAAUACGACGGCCAUACCCAAAAAGCACUCGAUGAGAUCGUCAAGGACAUCGGUAUUGCUAGGAACAACAUCCGACGCGGGAAAAUGGGAAUAAUGUCGCGAGGGGGCCUACGCGCGGGCCUCCUCAACCGCUCCGCAGCACUCACAGGCAAUGCGGUCGGGGGUGAGCCAUCGGCACUGGCCUCGCUAGCCUGUGUCCGCAGCACCCGCACCGGCGCCGGCCUAGUCGGCGUGACAGGAUCGACCUCCGGAAUCCGCAAAGAGUCGCCAUUCGAUUAUACCGACAAACAACUGGAAGUAGCGCACGGGCUCUGCGAAACAGCCGCGUACCAGGUCCUGCGAUCAGGUGAUUGCGGAACCGAACUCGACGGCGUGGAGGAGAAGUUCAAGAUGCUUUUGGAAAUGGUCGGGAAGGAAGUUGAGCGACUGAAGGAAGAGAAACAGAAACAGGAGGAAGAACAGGCCAAAUCGCCACCUGGUGACUCGACUGAAGAAGCCGACUCGAAACCACCCCCCAACCCGGCCGCCGCCCGUCUUGCGAGAAUCGCUGCUAUCACGGCCUCCGCGAAAAAGCCCACCUCGGAAUCUCCCGGUAUGAUCGAAGUCGACGAUACUUCUUCCAUAUCGGCCGAGUCCAUUGACCUGUCUGCAUUCCGAUCAUCGCGUAUACGGGUGUAA